CGUCAUCAGGUUCCGCAGGGUCCGCAACAACAUCCAUCGACCUUUCAACAAACUCCGUCAACACGCCACGCACCCCGUCAUUCCUUUCUUUACAUCUACAUAUCUUUCUUUUUUCAUCAACACCAAUCAAUUCCUAUUUCUCUUCACAACCUGCGCUUCCAUGAAGCAAUAAAUAUUUUCAUUUUGUCUACUGCGCUAUCGCGACAUCAUCAAAAUGCAGUUGACUUCUCUCUUUGCCGCCGCGGGUCUGGCGGCCUUCACUACCAACGCCUUUCUUCUCCCUCCUGACGUCUCCGAUGUUGGAGACCACCCUCUUAGCAUCCUCCCUGUUCCCGUCCCUGCUCCCGAGACCCUCCCCAUCUACGCUGGCACUACUAGCUCGUUGAUGGUCAAAUGCCCGGGAUGCCCCGUCCGUAUCCCUCACCACAAAGAAGCCAAGAUCGUCCACGAUAUCCCGAGCCAUCUCGAAUUGAACUUCCACGUCAAAACUGGCUCCGGUGAAGAGGCCGACAGCUUAACCUUGAACGGUUUCGAAAUUUACCCCAACCCUGAAUUCACACGAGGUGGCCUCGUCGCCGGUGUGCAUGCCGACAUUCCGCGCCGACAGAUGAAGAAGUUCCCAUGGGCUAAGGGACCGAUGCCAGUCACUGUCCAGAAACUUGGUUUCGGCAUGCAAACGAGCCGCGUUACCGAAGAAUCCACCGAACUUAUCUCGAUUGAACUCGAUGUCAUUGAAGUUGGUGAUGCCUUUGUCGAUGGCAUUCCCAAUGUUCAAGUCAAGCUUUUGAAGACCCCUGAGAACAAAUUAAUGAUUGCCGAUGUUAAGGUAGUCGAGUCUGAGGCGAAGCAGAACAACCCGAUGGAUAAGCAGGAAGAAUGCGCUACCAUGAUCUGCAAGUGGAAGGCAGUCAUGAUGCAGAAGCUUGCCGCGUUCCGUGCCCACAAGGGCUGCGGUGGUCGCCCCCGCCCUGCUCACGUCGAAAGCAAUGAAACAGGACAAAGCGAUGAGCAAGUUAAGGACCAAGACAAGCCCCAAGAUUUCCAAGGCAAGCCACUUUGGAACCCUUACUGGGACGGUGAGCGCGGUGAGCACCAUGGCCACCGCCACAGAAACUGGGGGUUAUUGUUCAAGAACAUUGGUUCGCACAUCCUGCUGCCUGUCGCUAUUGGCAUCUUGGCCGGUGUCUUUGCCAGCAUGUAAGUUUCAACACUGCGAUUUCUUUGUUAAUUGAAUGGUUUACUAAUUUUAUAAUAGCCUCGGUAUGCUAGUUGGCACUU